UUUUUUUUGUAUUUAUCGUACUUGUAUUGAUUUUUCAUACUUUUUUUUUCAUUCUUCAUUCUUUUUUAUUCAGAAAAAAAAGAUGAGUAGCAGUGUCAAAAGUGACGCGGUUAUAGACAAUAACGAAGAAAAACCCGUUGUGAACGAAAAUGGUGUACCUUUAUUCAAAUCAAAGCUCACCAGCCAUGAAAUUGAAAUGGAUAAAGAAGUGCAUUACGAGUUCGGUGGUCCCCUUGGAACUUUAGGUAUCAUGUUGGGUUUCCCUACCAUGAUGUAUUACUUUUGGAUUUGCUUAGAAUAUCACCAAGGUCAUUUCAUCUUGCCUACUGCUUUCACCAAAGAUGCUAUUGUGGAAUUUUUAAUCAAUGAAAUUUGGCUCAAGAUCAAGACCGGCGCUUUCCCUACAUGGUUGGCAACCAAGAUUUAUAUGGGACAUGUCAUUUAUAGCUUGUUGUGUGCUCAAUUCAUGCCAGGACCUGUUGUUUAUGGUCUUCCUAUUCCUUAUUUGAAGGGUAAAAAGCUUCCUUACCUCUGUAAUGCUUUAUCUUCUUGGUACCUUACCUUGGCCCUUUCUGUCGUUCUUCAUGUUACUGGUAUUUUCCGUCUCACUCUUAUCAUUGAGAAUUUUGGUAGUAUCAUGAGUGUUGCUGUCAUCUGGGGUUUCGCCAUGUCCUUCCUCGUCUAUAUCUCUUCCAUCCUCAAAGGUACUCAACAUCGUAUGUCUGGUAACGUCAUUUAUGAUUUCUUCAUGGGUGCUCCUCUCAACCCUCGAUUGGGCCGUGUCGACUUGAAGAUGUGGGCUGAAUGUCGUGUCCCCUGGCCCGUUUUGUUCUACGUCUCUGUCUCUUGUGCUUUAAAACAAUAUGAAAUGAAGGGUUAUGUUAGUGCUCCUGUCGCUUUCAUGGUUUUGGCUCAUUUCUUAUAUGCGAAUGCCUGUCAAAAGGGUGAAGAAUGUAUUCCUACUUCAUGGGAUAUGUUUUUCGAAAAGGAUGGCUUCAUGCUUAUUUUCUGGAAUAUGGCAGGUGUUCCCUUUACCUACUGUUACUCGUCCCUCUACUUGAUGAAGUAUGAGCUCACAACCGGUAAGACCAUCUCUCACAGCAUGGGCUACACCAUCUUCCUUUACAUCACUUUACUUUGCGCCUACUAUGUUUUCGAUACUGGCAAUUCUCAAAAGAAUCGUUUCCGUAUGGAACAAAACGGCUCUUACAUUGACCGUAAGGCUUUCCCUCAAUUACCUUGGGGCCGUAUCAAGAACCCUACCUACAUCAAGACAAAGAAUGGUAAUCUUUUAUUGACUUCUGGCUGGUGGGGUAUUGUUCGUAAGCCUCAUUAUACCGCUGAUUUGGUGCAAUCCUUAUCUUGGGGUUUGAUCACUGGCUUCAGUUCUUACUUCCCUUAUUUCUAUUUCACCUUCUUUGUCAUCGUAUUGGUUCAUCGUGUGUCUAGAGAUAUGCAACGUUGUGCCAAAAAGUAUGGUGAAGAUUGGGAUCGUUACUGUGAACGUGUUCCUUAUAUCUUUAUCCCUUAUGUUUUCUAAGAAACACAUAUAGUUAUCAUUAAUUUGUAAUUCUAUCUAUCUUAUAUAUUAUUCACAUUUAUACUUAUUUUUAAUAUCAAAAAUUGACAUGUGCCC